GAUUGAUGUAUUUUUGCAAUAUUUUCAGUCUUUUUUUCUCAAGCAUUUCAAGCUUCUCAAAUAAAAGUUCAUUUAUAUAGGAAUCGACUUAAGGGUCCUCAAGUUAACAUCUAAUUAGAUUCUAAGACUUCAAGAUUGUCCGUUUGAUUUUCAGUUCUCUUUUGAUUCUUUUCUAUUCUCUUGUAUUAUUGAGAUGACCUUUAUUAUGUAAUAAUAAAUAAUAAUUUAGGACGACCUUCCUACUUUGGUUCAUGGCGUACUGAUAUGAUUAAAUAAGAUAAUAUAGCCAAUGUUUGUGAUCGCUAACACAAUGUGGAUUUGGAAAUUGAUUUACUUUGUCCUUGUGAUCAAUCUUAACGUUUAUACAUGUCAGAGCGGAGAGUGUCAAACAGUGGUUAGUGAUAUCCUGUUCCUCUUGGACGCCUCCGGAAGUAUCGGUCAGCAUGUCUAUCACACUCAAAUCAUUCCAUUCGUUCGGGAUUUUAUCCUUCAGCGUUCACUCACCUUGGGGCCCCUUAACACCCAGGUGGGGGUCAUGAACUUUGCCGGUGGACAGCACAGUGAUUUGCCCUUGAAAAAUUUUCAUACAAAAGCAGAAUUAAUAACAGAAAUUCAGACCUAUAUGUCCUAUCGCGGUGGAGCGACAGACACACACAAUGCCUUGACGCAUGUAAGAACGCAUAUGUUUACAAAAGAGAACGGUGACCGACCGGCAGCGGAAAACGUUCUAAUCGUCAUGACAGAUGGUGGGUCGUCCAUUCCAGAAGAAACCAUAACGGAGAUCUACAACCUUAAACGCCAGAAUGUUACAAUCUACGUGGUGCCUGUCGGAAAUUGUAAGUUGUACUGGGGCGAAAUUCAUACUAUGGCCACCAGCUCACAACACGUGAUCACCGAUCUGAAUCACAUUGAUACUUUCACAGCAGCACGAUUCCUGUGGAAACAGAUAUGUAGGGGCAUUUGA